AUGGAGCGCAUCGCAGCGCCGUUCCUGUCCAACUCCGCGUGUAUCGUCAGCUGCAGCCGCUCAAACCUUAUCAAACUCCAAGCCACGGCUUCUUACGCCAAGAAUGUCUGCCGCAUUCCCGCCGACACUCGCAAGGUUCGCAGCUGUGCAAGAUGGCAUGCCGACAUCUGGUACCUUUGGUCUGACUUGGAGCGUAUCGUGCUCUGUGAUGUGUUCGUGGUCGGCAUUACGAGAGCCGGUAGGAGGGAGUUGUGGACCACGGGCCUCGAAACGACGUUUGCCCAGAGGUAG